AUGUUUAUCAAAGUGCUUCUAGUCGAUGGGAGAGCAGGUAGUAGCACCAUAUGUCAGAAGAAAUGGCAAAUUUCUACCCUCGUAUGUGAGACAACCAGCUUUGAGGGUCAUUUCAUGCGUUACGACGAUUUCCACGCGAGGUACUAUGAGAAGGCGAUCUCGCAGCUUAGAACAGGAGUGGAGAGAUUGACUGGAGAGAUUGAACGCCAAAGGGAGAACGAGCAUCAACCGAAACGAUACGCCAAGACCUACAAGAGUUGCAGCAGGAGCAGGGUAAUUUCAAUCAUAACUACUCCACGCAUCAUUCACUCACACAAGAACAGGUCCAAUGCCAGCAACGAGCGCCAAAAUGCAUCCUUUGGAAAUUCACAAAACAAGAAAUGUGCACUGAGACCAAAAUUCAAAGUCUUAAAGGCUGUCAACUUUUGGGGGAGCUUUGAAAACGAGGUGGUAAUGGUCAGAUUCUCCAUCAUGCAUAGUAACAGGCCCUUGCUAAUUAUGGGUAGGAGCGUCCUCCGAUUUUCCGCGGCUUGCAAAGAAGCAUCCCUUUUUAGAGGCAAUGAUGACAAGAAGUGGAAGCCGCUGAUUCAUGGCUGGUUAGUCAACUGGCGUACGAAGGUUGGCCUACAAUCGCAAUUUGAUGAGACUCUUGAGAGGCACAGCGACGACGGCCACCAUCCCCUCUCUCCUUUGUGUUGGAGCCUAUAUCGUUUAGUUGAAUCUGAUGCUCGCUCAUCUUGUAUUCAGCUCCGAUACAUCGACACCGUAACACUCAUUGAUACUCCCCUGAUUACGCUAUAUAGAUCUCGAAAUCUGUUUUUCUUUUUCCAGCAUGCUGGAUCUGCAACUGGUUUGAAACUCAUCAUAACAUGCUUCUACAUGCAACUAGUCACUGUGUGGGAAAGGCUCCCGGGCGGGAUGUGUGCCCCGCCAAUGCACCAGGUAGAGAUUGCGAGAUGCGUGGCCUAUUUACUUCCCGGUUUCACGACUGUUUCGGGAUGUGGACUUGCGUGGACUUGUGUGUGGGGAGAAGCCAAAGGCUUAUUCCGAGUUGGUACUUCUGGCUCUUCUACAAACAUAAUAGCACGGUUCAGGGGGUGGGUUAGGUACCAAGUGACUGAACAGUCUGGUAAUUGGGACAUAUUUUCAUGGAUGGCAUAA